AACUCGUGGGGGAGAAGGAGGAGGAGGCGCGGCGGUGGAGAUAGAGAGGGCGAGGGUGAGGGCGAGGGUGUCUGUACGUACACCGAGAGAGAAUCGAUCUAAAACUAGGAGUCGCCGCAGUAACCGCUGGGAGGAAGCCACUGUUACAAUUUGCCCCCAUAUGCGCUAGUGAAAUCUUAGAUCGGGUAAUUGUACGCCGAGGCUGGCUAGAAUGAGGUGUUCCCGCGAGGUGGUAGUGGCUCGCGUUCGGUCCGCGCGUUGAUCACGCGAAUGAAGAGCCAGCUCUCUUCGGUGGUGUUGCUCGGUCGUCAGAAUAUUGCACGGGACGGUGUCGGACCCGAGGAACGGACAGAACAAGGUUGGAUGAAGAUGGAGAACUUUAGGUAGAACGGAACGACGGCCAGAGCAAGACAGAGCCAGACAGAGCCAGACAGAGCCAGACAGAGAUAGACGGAAAUAGAGUGAGAGGUGGAACGCACGCACAUAGGGUAGAUAACGGAAAGAGAUGACUGCCCACCCCACCCUCGAAUAGAGGAAACAUUCCGACAGAGAGAAAACCAAAAGAAAAAGUGUGUUGUUUCGGUGACAAGUUUCGCGAGAGAAGGUCCAAGGAAACGUUGUGAAACAAGGGGAAUCGGGGGAGAAAGCAACGGGUUUAGACGGGCCGAAGGAGGGUGGAGAAGGAGAGAGAGAGAGAGAGAGAGAGAGCGAGAGAGAGCGAGAGAGAGAGAGAGAGAGAGAGGGAGCGAGAGAAAGGGAGAGAGAGACAGAUCGAGCAAAGGGUGGGCGGACAGUAGUGCACGAGAGCAUCCCGUCGCUACGAUAAUGCGACGUGCAGCUUCUUUGCUCGUUCCUUUUGAAUAAGUGCUUGCUGGGACGGUCCCUUACCUGCAGGGAUAUGACGUAAUGGCAAGAGAGGAGUUACGGAGCAAGAGACCUUUUAAGAUAUGGGACAGCUGGCGUAACGUUAGAAAGGGACUGGUUGUUAGUAAUUUCGAGGAACUGAUACACAGGGGCAAGGAGAAACUGGGCGUUCCGCAGAACGAGAAUGUGUCAUUGGUGCUAGAGUCGGACGGGACGCAGGUCGAGGACGGCGAGUAUUUCAAGACCCUAGCGAACAACACAAUCCUGCUGUUGCUGAGGCAUGGUGAACGCUGGUGUCCGACCGGUGUUGACAUCAUACGCGCCGCGAUUUCAGCGAUUCCGAAAAUAGUCUGCGAAACAAUUCACGCCCUGGAGCUGCACGAUGAGACGCCGUCGUGGAAGAUCAUGGACAAUAAGGGUCGGGUCACCGUGGUGUUGCAGUGGGACCCGCGUUCGUCCACGUCAUCGCAAGUACAGCAGCAGCAGAAAGGAUCGGACGCGGCCAGCUCCAAGUAUUCGCCGACAAAGAAGGCGGACCUGAGCAGCUCGCAGCGGCCAUCUUUGGUGAUCCAGACCAGCCUGGACAAGCUCAAUUACUCCAAGUCGGGUCACCUGGCGGGCGAGAUCGGUCCCAGCCGUUACACCAGCCCCCAAAUUACUGUGAUAAAUCAUGACGACAUGCAGCAGCAGCCGCAACCGCAGACCCACGGGAUCCCCGGCCGCCUGGUGAAGCAGGGUACGAACUCGUUCGACAGCACCACCAUCCAUAUCCAUACGCCAGAGUGUUCGAACCACAUCCACCAACCGGUGGUGAGGAACGGGAGUCCUGUGAACGGCGCGGAUAGCGGCGCCAGCGGCGAGUGCGACUUCCAUUGUUGCGCGUUGCACGAAGAGGGUCGCAGGAUCGCGGUGCAUAAAUCUGUGGCUACGUCGCCGAUCCAGGACGCCCAGCAUCAGCAGUACCAGCAGCACCAUCAUCCCCAUCAGCAGCAACAGCAACAGCAGCAACAGACACAGACGCAGACGCCGUCGCCGCAGCCGCCGUCGUCGUUGUCCGACGGGACAAGGCGCGUCGGCCUCGCCAAGGGGCACGUCAGGUUCUGCGACACCGCGGACGACGACUCCGGCGGCUCCCGACUGGCUGCGGGAAACUCGGGUGGCGGCGCUGGGUUCCACCUGCGCCACCAUCACAAUCAUCAUCACCAGGAGCACGACAGCUCCGAGUCCGAGACCGAGAACACGAUCAUGGAGGACGAGAUCGUGACCUCGGAGAAGUUUUUACUGCUCAUCGAUCAGCUCACCGUAGACCAGAAACACCUAAGUAUCAAGGACAUCGGGAUCAUACUCGAACGCCUCAGCUCAAAGAUCGUGGACGUCGAACGUCUCGAUCGGGAGAGCGAAAGCGAAGAGUGUUACAACUGGACGAUCAAGGCGAUCAUCAAGGGGGACGUGUUGAGAGAGCUCGGGGUGAUCUACAACGGGAACUACUACGCGAUCUCCGAGCAUCCCGGUUAUAAGGAAGAGUCCGAGGAGAAUAACGAGGAUAACGAGGAAGAGGAGGAGGAUAGACUUUAAUAUGAUGCUGUUUUACUAGAUAGAUAGAUAGAUAGUUAGAUAGAUAGAUAGAUAGAUAGAUAGAUAGAUAGAUAGAUUAUACACCUAUUAAUGGUUAUUAUUAAAUCUAGUUAUGUAUCGAGAGCUGCGGCAGUCGGCAAAUGAUUCGUGAACGAGAUAGACGAGGAUCGAGAAAAUUGCGGGGACGUGAGGAACAGAGGGGGUGGGACGUGAAGCAGCGACACGUGAUUUUUUUCAAAAUGUUUUCAUAAUAAAACGCGAACGGGCACGUCGUACGGAGGCGAGGAAAAGAAAAGAGCAAAAAAAAAAUAACACGAUAUGAAAUCAUACGAUACUUAUAAACUUAGUUCUAAAGACGGUUGUUGAAGUAUGUACUUAUUAAAUAGUAUGUAUACUUGUAGGAAA